CUCCAAAAUGUAGCUCCUGAAAUAAUUAUAAUUAUAAAAAUUUAUACAAAAUGCAUAUGUCAUAUAUUCAUAUUAACAUCACACAAUUCUCUUGUGAAGUAAAUCCAGAGAUCACAAAGAAGGAAAAAAGGGAAUAAUAUAUUCACACAAAUUAAUUAAAACAAUACCGUGGGAAUUAAAAGUCUGGUUCGAAAUAUAGAAUAAAACAAAAGAAGUUUAGAAAAUAAAAAAGCAGAAAUAUAUCCAUUUUUAACAUAAAUAAAUAAAUACCGUAAGAUGACUUCAUUGACGACCAAGUUAAACCUUAACACCCAAGCUAGAAUUAGAAAAUUGCUACAACAAAAACAUAAAUAAUUUCUAAACAAGGAUUACUAAAAUAGUGUGGACUAGGUAUUCGUUAUUCGAAUGCCAACUGAUACGAUAUUAACCACAAAAAAAAGGAUGGAAAAAUAUUUUACUAUUUAAAAAAAACAUAUAAGGGAAGUUGGAAGCAAAAUUAUUAAGUCGACAAAUCGAAAAGAUGCUUCGUCUAAAAUCUCAGCUAGCCUAAACUAAUCUUUAGCAUUUUGAUGAAGAAAUCGGCCCUAGGCCUUUUGUGGAGAGAUGCGUGUUAAAGUAUUUUACGAGUACUAUUAUAUUUAAAAUUACUUUAUACAAACUUUUGUCUUAAAUAUCUCUAGUAAACGUUAUUUUUUCAGUCAAUAAUAUGUAUAAUUUAGAUAAACUUAAUAUUUUUUGAUGUAUUUUUUUUACUCAGAGAAAAAAUGAAUAUAGAAUAUUUCAACGAAGGCCUGGAAGAUCUAAUGUAUUGCGGACAAAAACUAACACCUGAGCAAAAGGUUUUGAUCGAAAAUUCGCUUAUAGUACUACAGAAUGAAAAUCGAUUCACAGGCAUGUACUUUUGGGGUCGCAUUAAUGCAAUAACUAGAGACUAUUACAUAGCUUUCGGAUAUACCCAAGAUUGCUUAAAAGACCGUAAAUUCUUUUACACGCUUGAUGGAUAUCAAUGGAUGAUCUUGCCUUUUGUGCAUAGUCCGAAAAUUUUUCAAGCUACUAUUUUAUGUCGCGAACCUUUUUUAGGAGACCCGUUUCUUGUAACAACAGUAGAACUGGAUCCUACAUUCGAAAUCGAUGCUAACCAAAUAAUCUCAGCGAAUUUACCCGAGAAAGUUAAGCUUAAGGAAGAAGAACGUCUGGCUGCUAUAGUAUUUAUUAUUACUGAGGAAUGUGCAGUUUGCCCACGUGGAGCCCUUUAUAAGCUUACAGAUGGACGUGUAAUACCCAACCAAAUGUUUCGGGGCCUCAACGAUCUGCAAGUUGAAAAUAUUUCUAACUACCAAAUCCUUCGAUUACCACGAAACGAUUUAAAGCACAAUUUGCUAAAGCGCAGUGAUUACAACUACGCUAUUGAUUUCUUAGACUGUAUAGCCGAUGUAAUACCGUUACGUCAAGUAUUCUCUUUGAACUUAAUGAGAAACGAACGCUUAAUUAUUAUAAAAUCUUGUCUCUGGCCCGGUAUGACCUUUUUCCACAAGUUAAACUCUCGAAAACAUGGUUUUCUCUAUUUUGGAGACGGCAAGAAAAACUAUGAUCUACUUUUUAUGUACUAGCAAUCUCCAAAAUGAACACGUAUAAACAAUAUACAAGUCCUACAACAGUACUGAAGAAACUUACGAUAUCAAACUUACGACCAGUCAAAAAUAUGCCUCACUAUACAUGACAUAUUUAUUGAUUUCGGCUAAUAUGUUCGCAAUUACCUCGACGGUACCUCAAAAAUAAUUACUUGUAGCUUUAGUUUUAAAAAUAAAUGAAUGCAUUACCCUACUUUAA